GUUUACACCAAAAAACAUAUGAUUUGUUUGUAAAGUGUUUUUCAUAACACAAAACACCGCAAACUCUGGCCUCAAAUGGCAUACAAUCACCGCAUUUGAGACCAAUUAACCACUAAAUGGCAAACCUAUCGCUCACGAGGCCGUGUCUACGGCUGUGGACACUAUCAUCACCGCAUCGGCACCGAUGGCAACGGCCGACGACUAUCACCGCAUUUAACCGGCAUUUGUUUGGCAAGAGUUGGUUCAAAGUCGGCAAACCUCCCGGCGUUUACAUCCUAUUCCCGGACGUGCCGUCGGAUACGGCCGAAAACAACGAGUUGCUGUCACUGCCCACCGAAGGCCGGCCGAUACGGUUCGCCAAACUGUCGCCCGAAAAGUGUGUGAAAGCCGUGGCGAAGAUGUCCAUCGAGUUUGACUCGUGUCUCGACAAACUGGAGCAACAGUUGGAUCAAAACAAAAUGAGCCAAAGUUUUGACGAAGUGAUGGCACAGAUUGAGCAACGAUUGGUUCCCUUAGACUACGGUCUGUGCACUCUUCGGCUGUUGCGAAACGUCGACAAAAAUCGCUACGAUUUUCGGCAUUUCGACCAAUUCUUUAACCGCAUAUCAAUGGCAAAAGUGCGGCGCUUUCAGAGUCAACCCAUAUAUUUCUUUAUGCGUGAAAUCCAGUCUAAUAGGGAUCAGUUGACGGGCGCGCAGAAGCGUGUGGUCGACAAAUACCUAUUGGAGGCCAAACUGUUUGGCUCCACUCUAUCGGCCGCCGAAUUGUCGGCUUUGAAUCAAAUACACAAAGACUUGGCCGAAGAGAGGGGCAAAUUUAACCAUAAUUUAAUGGAAGCCACGCGACGUUUCACGCAUACUGUCGACGAUCCGGCGCUUCUGGCCGUAUUGCCCGACGAAUUGAUCGCAUCCAUUGGCAGUCACAGCAACGCCACCGUCACUCUGCACUCCUCUGUAUUCGACCCAUUCAUGGAGUACUGUCCGGACCGGGCGUUGCGAUACAACCUGUGGUGUGCGUACAACUCGAGGGCCGCGCCGGGCAAUGACCGCAAGAUCAGCAACAGUAUCAUCAUUGAGAACAUACGCUUCCAUCGCAAACAACAGGCAAAAGUGCUCGGCUUUGAGAACUACAUUGACCUCUCGAUGGAGACCAAAAUGGCCCACAAUUUGGAUAACGUCCGCACUUUUAUAUCGACUCUUCACACGAAGUCGAAGCCCGCCUUCGACGCCAACCUUAAAGAGUUGACUGAUUUCGCGCGUGAAAGCGGUUCCCACGAGGGAGAGAAGCUCGAGCUCUGGGAUCUGCCGUAUUGGCAGCGGAAGCUCCUGAAAGUGAAGUACUCGAUAGAGGACUCGGCCGUCAAACAGUACUUCCCGCUGAAUGCCGUACUCGACGGUAUGUUUGGUUUGGCCGAACGCCUCUUCGACAUUAAGAUUGAACGGGUAAUGAAAGUCGACGCCUGGCAUAAAGACGUCCAACUGUUUCGUAUAAUGUCGACCAAUACCGGAGCAAUUGUCGGCUCGUUUUAUUUCGACCCCUAUUGUCGACUCAACCAUAAGACCAGUACCUCUUACAACGAGUUGGCGCUCAAUCAAUACAAUUUGUUGUCCACUAAAUCCGUCUCUUAUUUAAUCACCAAUUUUGCCGAACCAGUAAUCGAUGGCCAGUCGACACAGUUAUCGUUUAGUCAAAUCAUAUCCCGACACGUGGCCAACGGGUCACCGCUUCCCGAAUCGGAAUUUGAUAAAAUACGCAGAGCUCACUAUCACUUUGCGUCGUUUGACUUAAAGCAUGAAAUAUACCGAAUGGCUCUCGACUUAGCGCUGUAUUCAAGCGGAAACUUCUGGAGUGAUAUUCGGGAUCAGGUGUGGGACGAAUAUAUGACUCCAUUU